CUGAUAGGCGAGGAGACAAGAGAAUUGUUAUCAUAUAAUCAACUUCUAGAACAGGCUCGGGCAAUUACGGACCUUGAAAAAACAACAGAUAGGGUAGAAAACACAGAAGAUAUCUCUAUAGAUUUCCAAAACCUAGAACUAGUAAAUGAAGAGAACCAAGAUCGGGCAUGGUUUUAUCAGCAAUACGGAAAUACGAGAAUAACGGAAAUUCCUGUUGACGAUCUUAUUUUUGAAUUGCAGUAUUUACUUCGAGUGAAAAAAAAAAUAGAGUUAACAAACAAAGAAGUAGGAACAGCCUUAAGAGCAUUACUCUUAACCGAACCCACAAUUUUGACACCAAUAGAACUCUUUAAGCACUGUGGUCUAAAAACAUACUACGAAAGUACUGAUUCAGAGUAUGAAUCAGUGCAUUCAGGAGAACAACAAAAUAGGUCAGAAUCAGACUUAGUGCCCCAAUCUUUAGUAACACUCGAAACUGAGGAAGAAAGUUCUAAAAACAGCGUACCUAUCAAAAUUGUAAGAGCGGAAAUCCACACGCAAGGCGAUCAGAUUCCUUUAGAUUGUCCUAAAUCGACCCCUAGUACCACAACAAUCACUUGUCCGACGGUUACUCAUUCACAGUCAAGUAUGAAUACUCAAAUUCCUCAAUCACAGUUAGCGUCCACUCCGUGUAACUAUUUACCGUAUCAAGGACUACAAAGUCGGAAAGUCUCCUUUACUCCAGCGUCGAUCCCCAUUAAAAUAUACGUAAAAGAAUUGAGCCGUUUGAUGGAAUCCGGAAUGGAUUAUGAGGAUGCUUCUAAAGCAGCUGAUUGUAUUGUGCAACACGCCAUCGAUAAAAAUAAAAAGUUACAACAAAGCCAAGCAAUGACGUUAUUUAGUAACGUCGGAAUUUACGUAGACCGUGAACGCUCCGGUCGCUUUGAUGACUGGCUUGCACAUCUAGAAUCAGUACUGGUUUUAGGCGAUUUUGAGGAGUCAAGAAAAAUUAUCUUACUACGCUCCAAAUUGUAUGGUGAAGCGGCUGAUGAGUUUGAUAACUUUAAACUUGAAAACCCAAUUAGCGCGCAAAUUUACGACAGAGUAAAGGAGCGUUUAAUUAAACUUUUCCACUCUACAGAGACCAGAUCUAAACAAAGCGUUGAAUUUCAUAAUAUGCAACGGGAACCCGAAGAGAAUAUGAGACGUUAUGCGAAUCGUAUACGCAAGGCCUUCCACUUAGCGUAUCCUAUAAAAUCCACGAUAGAUAAAGCAACAGCUUUUUCCAGAGAACAAAUUAUGAUGGACAGAUUUCUGGAAGGGCUGUCUUUCGACGUCCAGACCAGACUUAAGUAUAAAGAAUUCGCAACUUUUGAAAAACUCAUAGAAAAAGCUGAAAUGACGGCCAUGGCAGUAGAAGAAGCCCAAGUUAGAUCCAGACUAAAUGCUUUUCAGGCCAAAUACGUCGAACCUAAUAGAGAAUUUACUAAAGUAAAGGAAGCUUUAGAUCGCCUUAGUUCCCAGGUGGAAUCAAACACUCACCAAAAACAUUUAGAAGAAAACAUGGAGAAAAUGCAAAGACAAUUAUCCACCAGGAGAAACGUGAGUUUUUCACAGCGCUCACCACAGUUAAACCCUCCAAUCAAUAAAACAGGGGAUUUAUAUUUUUGUGAUUUUCACAACGAUUGGGGCUAUCACUCAAUAAACAAUUGUAAAACAAGGGAGAGUCAAGCUAAUGAUAAAUGUUUUCGUUGUAAAGAAAUUGGACACCGAGCAAACUUUUGUCCCCAGAUAAAAAAUUUGAAACCCACUCCUCCAGAGGGUUAUGACGGA